AUGCCUCCCACAAAACGCCAAAGGCUGUCUGACGACGAACCGUCUUACUCCGGGUCUGACCUGGAGGGUAUCUCUACCGACGGUGAACUUGGCUCGGGGCAAAGUGAGCCUGAUACAGAAGACGAAAUUGCGGAGGCCAAGCUGGUCAAGUCGAAGAAGACAUCCAAGAGGAAGCGGCGCGCGACGGAUGCCACAAACUUUGGUGCUACUCUCCAGUCGCUUUUGACUACCAAUGCGCCUGCCGCACCGCUCUCCUUGAAGCCUUCUGUUGCUAAGAAACGGAAAGAGGAGAAGUUGGAGGCCAAGGGGAAGCAGGUCUUGCAGGUGGAGAGAAAGGAGAAAGAGGACCGUGGUAGGAUCACGGAUAUCAUCGGGGGCUGGGGAGGGGAGAGCGAGCGUGCCUUACGAAAAGUGGCCCAGCGCGGAGUCGUAAAAUUGUUCAACGCGAUUCAGCAAUCGCAAGCCGCGUCUGCUGCCGCCGCUGCGGAUUCCAAAUCCCAUAGAGGUACUGGUAGACCGUCGCUGCCCGCUCCCGCCGUCCAUGAUAAAAAGAAGAAAGGAAAGCAGAAGGAUAACGUAAUAGGUAGAGGAAAAGACACAACUUUGGCACAAGAUGAUUUUCUGGAGCUUAUUCGAUCGGGUGGCAUCCCACCGCAGCAAAAGGCGAAGAUCUUUCAGGAAGAAUGGGAACGUCGCCUACAUGAUGUUCAAGUGUCCAAGGAUGACCUGAACCGUCUGGUUAUGGACUACCUCGUCAUAGAGGGGUACAAGUCUGCGGCAGAAGAAUUCAGCAAGGAGACCAGCCUCGAGAGCCCCACCGACUUCAACUCCAUCGAGAAUCGUAUGAGGAUACGGGAGGCGUUGCAACGCGGCGAUGUCGGUGACGCGAUCACACGAGUGAACGACUUGGAUCCUGAGAUACUCGACACGAACCCGUCGCUGUAUUUUCGUCUGCAGCAACAGAAGCUCAUCGAGUACAUACGCCAAGGCAAGAUAGCGGAAGCGCUACAUUUUGCGCAAGAAGAGCUCGCCCCUCGCGGAGAGGAAAGCCCGGAGUUUCUGUCUGAGCUUGAGCGGACGAUGGCGCUUUUAGCAUUUGAGUCGUCUCCGCUCAUGCCGUCCACUGUCAGUGAGCUAUUGUCUCCGGCCCAACGGAUGAGGACUGCGGCGGAGGUCAACGCAGCGAUACUGGAGAGCCUCGGUCAAGGUAAAGAGGCGAAGCUAGUAGGACUCUUGAGGCUGAUGUUCUGGGGCGAAGACAUGUUGGAGGAGCGGGCGGAGAUGCCAAAGAAACUCAUAGAUGGACAGCUCGAUCUGAAUGAUGGGACGUUCGGAGAGCGCACGAGCAGAUAG